UUAUCAAUUAACAAUUAUCUUGUGUCAUACAGAGCCAACCGCUUUAACAUUCUUUUUUAUGAUGCAGCUGCCACAUUUUUGAUUUUAUCUCUUCCCUGCCAGACCCCAACAAUCUAUUGAAAGCAGUUCUUUACGAUAUUCAGCAGAAGAUUUACUUGUCCCAUAUACGCGCUCUCGGGAUGGUGGAUAAGGUGGUCACAGGACCAUUCUGGCGCUUGGUAGAAGGCACCGCCAGCAUCUUGGAUUUGAAUGGGCCACUUUCACACAUGUUAGAAACUCUAAAAAAAAUGGUCAGUAGAUGCUACGCCACUUUUAGAACAAGAACUGCUAUUUCAUGAUAUGGAUAUCCAUAAAGACGCAAUGUAUAAUGAACUCUUUGCAGACCAGCAAGAUGCCGACUUCCAAACUUACACCCAAGUUGCACUAGAAAUGGUACUGACAGGGAUUGUUUUAAUUCUUGAGCGACAAGCGAAAGACCAGCUCGAGGGUGGAAAGUACUUUAACCCAACCCCAACUCAGCAAGAAUCUGCCAAGAAUGUACCAACCACCAACACAGUGUCAGAGCGGGAUUUCGCCAUUUUAGAUAUAUUAGUCAGACUGAAGCCAGCUGCAUCGUCCCAUGCAUAUGAAAUUUACAUUCUAUGGCUUAACAAUAAACCAAGUGAGUGGCUGGACCAAAUGGAUCCUGUAGAGAAGAGUGCUCUGUUGGAUAAGGCCAGGCAUCGCUACGGCUCAAUAAGAGCACAGUACCUAAUAAGGAAGGAUAUACUCAAACAACAACACUUAGAAUCCCUAAGGGUAAAACAGUCUAAAAAAGACAAACAAGAGCAAAGAAGUAUAGUUAAUAAAGUUGCGGCAACUGAUGCCAUUGUUGAGUUUGGUGGAGUAUGGAAGUUGGAUGAGGUAGCAAGAAAGUUGGAGUCACUGAGUACACAAAAAAGAAAGGCUGCACUAAUUGCACAACUUAAGUAUCACAAGAAGGUUCUUAACUCCAAAGGAGACCAUAGAUUGUUUAAUAAAUUUAGGCACGGUGCUCCAACUGGAGCAACACUCAAUGCGAGAUUAGAGAUUCUGAUGGGGAUUAGUCAGGAGUCUGGGAUACUGGUGGUGGAGUACGGUAGCUGGUUCCAGUCUCUUGCCGUGCUUGGGAAAAAUUACUUCUGGUGGCAGUUGGUCUUGGAUGACAGUAUUUGGAGGGAGAGUGGAUUGUGA